UUCAGCUUGACGCAAGCGAGUGAACGCUACCCGCAAGCUGAUACACAAAAGGAGCGGAGGACCUGCAGCAAUGGGAAUCAAACUGUACUACACCACCGUUACUGCAUCGCGGACGGUGAAGUCUCAACAGGCAGAGGUGAUGCGAAUCCUGGAGAGUAAAAGCAUCCAGUACGAGCUGGUCGACAUCUCUGUGGGCGGGGAGCUCCGGGACGAAAUGAGAAGCAAAGCAGGGAACCCCUCGGCAGUCCCUCCCCAGCUGUUCAAUGAAGACCAGUACUGUGGGGACUAUGAAAUGUUUUCCGAGGCGGUGGAAGCGGAUACACUGGACCAAUUUCUGAAGCUGGCGUGAGGAGGGCGUAGGAGCGUCCUUCUCCAUCUAAACCCCAUUCCCUCAACCACCCACCCACCCUGUGUGGUAAUAGAGACCCCUUUUAUCCAGUCUCUCUCUCUCUCUGCACCACUGGCAGUAUCCAUUCACUUUCAAUGCCAUAAUGAAGAAUGCCAAAUAUCUUGUAUCUAACUGAUCAGAAGACACACAUUCCCCCUCCCUGCCUGCACCAUUGGACUCACUCUUAAUCUGUUUUAUUAUGUUUUUAUUCUCUUCUUUUCAUUUUUGAUUUCCCUGUCUGGCAGACUAGUGUUAAUAGUCCCCUAGGAAUCAAGGAGGUGUCGAAAUGUGCGGUAAUUAGGUCGACUUAUCUCGGCCGCUGCCACUUGAUCACUGGAGAUUAAACUAAUCCGCUGGAUGACAACAUUCAACCCAGAAUCUUCCUGAUCCUCUUGCAGACCCAACACGCAGUCAUCACUCUCAGUCUUAACUACUUUGUUGUCUAUUUGUUUUUGUAGCCUUUAAAUUCCCCAUGUUGUACAUGACUGCACACUGUUUGUACCUCACAGUGCAAAUGCACAGGGACGUAGCAAGGACUGUAAUGUCCUUAAACCUAGUUAAUUAUGAGUUAUAGCAGCUAAAAGAUGACUUCUUUUUUUUAUAAUUUUGGUCCAUUGGUCCCAAUAUGCAAUAUAUGACACAUGGUUUGGUUCUGAAGUGGGAACCCACUGACACUCAUCUGACCUGUGUUAAGGAACGAUAAAGCAGCCAGAACUUAAAACACAUUUUUGGACAAAUUCAAAUUACUUUGAACUAUUAUUCAUCUGAGACACAUUUAAAAGUGUCCAGUAUUUUUUUAUUUUUUUUGUAAACAAACAAAAAGUUACGUUCACACGCAUUGUCCUUGAGGUCUCCCAAAAGUCUUGAGGGCAUUUCCUUUCCAAAGACAAUCUAAAAAAAUGUAUUGUAAACGGUGCGUUGUUCACAUCCGUGUUUGCUAGCAAGCAGUUCUCUUCAUCUAUAUGAACAUAUUGCUACUCUUCUUGGCGCAUUACUGCCACCAACGGUCAAUCUGUGAAACAGCGUGGCAGGUGUGUGUAUCGCCUGUGUGCGCGAUAUAAAUACAAAACAGGGACCCAGUCGUAAAAACGUUGGUCCGUAGCGGUACCAGUGGUCAAAAAGUCUACACGGUCCCUUUUAGGCUAAGUUGUGGAAAUGUCUACGAAAGAUGAAGCCAGAUGAUAUGUUGGUGACAUCUAUCGAAACUGACAAAAAAAAAAAGGCACACAUACUAAUUAAAGAAUAUUUUGGCUAUAGUCCCCUGUAGGGACAUGUGGGGGGGAUUAACAUACUGCAAUGGAAAUGUACACAUAGUGGGCAUAUAAUAGGUGGAUUCUAGGGCUGCAACUAACAAUUAUUUUCAUUGAUUAUUUUCUCGAUUUAAUCAAUUAGCCGUCAGGUCUAUAAAUGUCUGAAAAACUGUUAAAAUAUGUCGAUCACUGUUUUGAUUAUGAAAAUAGUUUGCGAUUAAUUUAACAGUUGGCAACUAAUGGAUUCUUGAUUAAUCUUCGCGGCUCUAGGCCAACAACAAAAAAGGAUUCAGUGUUCCCCCAGCAACAUAUCCUUCGGUGUGGAAACAUUUCUACCUUCAUGUUAGGAAAUGUAAUUGAAAGGAAACCUGAUUGAACUGUUAAAAUAAUAGCUUAAUUAUUACUUAAAAAUCAUUAGACCGUUGUGCUGGCCGCCCUGCUGGUGUUUAGUAUCCGAACACGUUUAAUUUGGGAAACCGACCGCUCUCAUUGGAUAUGUGACGAUGGUCUCACCAAUGGGCCAAACUUAUGAAAAGGUUGGUUAUCAGUGGUAGAACAUUUCAGUAGUUGGCUGCUCAAUUUUAGCAGCUAGUGGAGCAGAAUGAACACAUUUCAUAAUUUCACAUUUGGUAUAUAAAUAUCUAUAUCUCUGUAAUUGGCUUUGCAGCUGGGUUUUCACUGUAGUAUUAGCAUUUACCUGCCAUCUUCUACUUUUUUCCCCAAUCUGUUUUACUCUGUACAACUCUGUAUUGUCGACUGACAGGGCAAAAGGACGGCAACCAUAUAGAAGAGAGCAUAUCGUAUUGGAUGGAUUGGAAAUGAUUAGACUGAAAAGAUAUGAAUCUUCUAUCUUUUCAUCCACGUAGCUUUUCAUGCCUCCGGUUGAUUUUGUGUUACAGUUGCUUCGACUGUCCUGGGCAUGAAGAUGCAGUAAUGUGACUAUGCACCGAAACCCUGCCUUAUUCUCAAUACAGACCCAAAGGUCAAAGCUGGUGUGUUUUAGAUUGACCGAACUCAGUCUUACUAGCCUCACCACAUGGGGAAAAAUGAAGGCUUCACUUAUUUGCUCUUUUAUACGUACGUGCAUUCAUUCAGUUGAUUGAUCUCAGUUGAAAUAUAAUGUCCAUGUUUUGGGUUGCUUUGUUUUUUUUAUUUUAUUUUUUACUUACUGAGAACAACAUGGUUUCUCUCUCUUACCCGUUACAUCUGUCAGAUACCCUUGCUUUCAAAAUGGUGUUGUUAUGGUUUGGGGAUCCCUAGUGAUGACCACCUUCACAUCCAAUGUUUGUGCACUGUUUUGUGAGUCAAUGGUUGUAGAUGUUUUGCCUGUUAUUGAUGUAUAUUCACUAUGAAUCAUGUUUUAGACAUUCCAUGUCUCUCUCUCUCUCUCUGAGCUCCUGCUUUGCUUUUGGACCAAUUCACCUGGGCCAAAUAAGAAGAAGAAAAUAGGGAAUAAAAUGCUGUUGUCUUCCAAGAAGAUUGUGAAAAGUGAUUUCAUGGGUGAAAAAACUAAAUAAAAUGGAGUUGAAUCUA